AUGCCAUUUUAUUUUCAGAUACUUAUUUUGGCUGCAGGAUGUUUCCAUUCAUUUAGCGCUGGGAUUGUUUUGGCGUAUCCAAGUGUCUUAAAUGCAGCAAUUUUAUCGCCAGAUGCUACAGACAUCAAAGCGACGACGGGUCAAGCAUCUUGGAUAGCGUCAGCUCACGGAUUUUCUGGAUUAUUAGGCUUCUUUAUUUUUUCUCCACUAUUUCAAGUUAUUGGUAGGAAGCCAGUGAAUAUAUCAUUUGAGAUUUUUAUGAUUGUUGGAUGGAUUCUGCUAUAUUUUAGCAAAAGUAUUACUAUGAUGAUCAUAGCAAAGAGUAUACAAGGCCUUGCCAUGGGAGGAGUGUUUGUUUAUGCAAUUACAAUUAGUGAGUUUACACAUCGUAAGAGGCGUGGUGUAUUUUUGACGAUAACGAAGUGCUCGUUAGCAUGUGGGUCUUUACUCUGUCAUGCAUUAGCCAUAAUCUGUGACUUUAGGCAAAUAGCAUUAAUUUCAUUAAUCCCGAACGGAAUAACUUUAUCCCUAGUUCUGUUUUGCCCAGAAAGCCCGGCAUUUUAUGCAAUCAAGGGGCAUUUUGAAGAUUGUAAGAAAUCUUUUUUUUGGUUACAUAGCGACUCCCAGGAAAACAAAGCAGAGUUGAAACAUUUAAUAUCAGCACAAAUGGAAAGACGAAAAAGCAAACUGCAACAAAAGAAGACUCCAAUAUUAUAUAAGUUGUUGAAGAAACUUUUGAGAAGAGAUUUUGGAAUCCCUUUUUUGAUCGCCACUCUUUGUACAGUGGCCGUAGAUGCUUCUGGAAGAUAUUUUUUACUAGGUUAUGUUACGCAAAUAAUGACUGAGUUAGUAGGUGAUAAAGACAUAGCUGGAUAUUGUUCUAUGGUAGCGGAUUGCUUGUUAAUAGUUGCUUUAUUCAUAUCAAGUAUAGUAAUCAGGUCUUUCAAAAGAAGAACAGUAUUAUUAGGAUUAGGUGCUAUAUCUGCUUCAUUAAUGUUUAUAGUAGGUUUAUCAGUAGUUGUAAGAACUACCUUAUUACUAAACACAAAAUGGAUUACUCCAUUGUUAAUACUUUUACAUAGUUUUACAACUCAUAUUGGACUUAUACCAGCAGCUUUUACUGUAACAACAGAAAUAUUCCCUCUGAACCAUAAAGGAAUGGGAUCACUAACAACUGGUAUUACUUUCACACUGUUUUACGCUGUUACUAUGAAAAUCACUCCACUGAUGAUAGAAAAAAUUGGUAUUGGAGGUACUUAUUUAAUUUUUGGUCUAUGUGUCACAAUUUGUUUAGUAUUUUUGUACUUUAUACUGCCCGAAACAAAGAACAAAACGCUGCAAGAAAUUGAAGAUGGAAUUAAACGUGUUGUUAGAAAUGAAGCUGAUCUAGAAUUGAUUCUUUCGAAUGAUCCAGAUAAAAGUAUUAAGGUGGUUUUUUAA